UACUUGGAGGGCAUCCUGUUUUUUUCUUUGAAAAAAAAAGCCUUUCGAAACGAAUGUCCUGAACGACCGACCAAACACAUAAACCUCAAGACCCGGUUCUCUUAAAUUCUAAAAUUUUUAAGAAAUGGUGUCCCCUGAGUUUUCUCAUCCUCAAUCUUCUUCUCCCAUGGCCAAACCUCGGAACCGAUCGUUUUGGUGUCUUACCGACGGCUUUCUUGUCCUUGGUAGUGUUUUUCUUGCUCUUCUAUUAGUAGGAUCGUUUUGGUCGUUUUUCACUCCAACACCAAACAUCGAAUCCCACGUAACCCAGCCAUCGUCGAAGUUGAAGAGCUCAAUGGACUGCUCGGAAAGUGGGUUCGGAAUUAACUUAAAAUCGGACCCGAAAGAUCCGACCUUUUACGACGAUCCGGAGAUGAGUUACUCCAUUGAAAAGCCGGUGAAAGAUUGGGAUGAAAAACGCCAAGAGUGGUUGAAGUAUCACCCUUCAUUCGCCGCCGGAGCACGUGAAAGAAUCGUUCUUCUGACUGGGUCGCAGCCAAAGCCAUGUAAGAAUCCCACUGGAGAUCAUUUACUCUUGCGUUUCUUCAAGAACAAGGCUGAUUAUUGUAGAAUUCAUGGCUACGACAUUUUUUACAACAAUUUGUUAUUACACCCCAAAAUGGGUUCCUUUUGGGCAAAGUUACCGGUCGUUAAAGCAGCCAUGUUGGCUCACCCUGAAGCUGAGUGGAUCUGGUGGGUUGACUCGGACGCAUUGUUCACAGACAUGGAGUUCAAGUUACCUUUAGAAAGGUACAAAAACCACAACUUGGUUGUUCAUGGUUGGCCUAAGUUGAUUUACGACAGUAAAAGUUGGACCAGUUUAAAUGCUGGGGUUUUUCUGAUUAGGAAUUGCCAGUGGUCUAUGGAUUUGAUUAAUACUUGGUCUAGCAUGGGUCCAAUUAGUAAGGAUCAUGAAAAGUGGGGUCAGAUUCAACGAUCAACGUUCAAAGACAAGCUUUUCCCGGAUUCAGAUGAUCAAUCGGCUCUGAUUUAUUUGCUUUACACAGAGAAAGAGAAAUAUUAUGACCAUAUUUAUUUAGAAGGAGAGUUUUAUUUGGAAGGGUAUUGGGUUGAGAUUAUCGGAGGGUACGAAAACACAACAGAAAGGUAUUUGGAAAUCGAGAGAGGGGCACCAAAGUUAAGGAGGAGACAUGCUGAGAAAGUGAGUGAGCAAUACGCUGCGUUUAGGGAAGAGUUCCUCAAGGACGCUGGGAACGGGAGAGGAAGUUGGAGGAGACCGUUGAUCACUCAUUUCACCGGUUGUCAGCCUUGUAGCGGCGACUAUAAUCAGAUGUACGCCGGGGAGUCUUGUUGGAAAGGGAUGGUCAAAGCUUUGAACUUUGCUGAUAAUCAGGUGUUGCGCAAGUAUGGGUUCAUGCACCCGGAUCUACUUGAUUCCUCCACUGUCACUGAAGUCCCCUUUGAUUACCCCGCUGAUGAAGGUCCAUGGUAAAACAAAACAGAACAUCAAAAGCAAAGAAGAGAAUAGCUGCAGUGAAUCAAGGCGCGAAUUUUGCAGCAUUCAUGGCAGGACUCCGCUCGUCCUUUCUGGUUUAUAAGGUAAUCGAGAAAUAUAUAGUUGCAAACGAAUAUUGUCCUUAAACUAGAGUCACCAUCAAGCAGCAGUUCUAUUGGAAGUGAUAGUUUUGCUACUGAGAGUGCCAUGUAUUGAUUUUGAGUAAUAUAAUAUAUAAAGAUAUUCAUUAUAGCUA